AUGGCUACAGCUUCGCCGCCAUUUACGUCUACAAGAGAGACUACCAACUAUGCAAGGUUAUGCCGCCUCCUGGUAGGUGUAGGAACUCAGGUGCUGCGGUCCACUUUUGACAAAAUACAUCCACCAGCUACUCUACAGACAGUUUUGGGAAGUACCUCAGUGCAUUACGCCAAAUUGCAAUCACUGUACAAAGGGAAGAAGAAAGUACUGAAUCCCACGCAAUGGGGAAAGUUGUACCCUUCUCACUCAGCCGUGUCAUCCGCAACCUUCGAUGUCACACUUUUAACAGUGUUACUUAGAAGUAUCUGUGGUUUAAGCCCUCCUGCCAAUGGAUGGGAUCAUCUUCCCCUAGCUGAAAACAUGAGCAUCGCAGAUGACAUCGCCAGAGUGAAAUAUUACAGGAACACUGUAUACGGCCAUGCUUCUCAAGCCUCUGUGGAUGACAGUAGCUUCAGUGCUUGCUGGCAAGAGAUACGGGAAGCUUUGGUGAGAUUGGGAGGAGCUCAUUUCCGAGGUAAAAUCGACAAUCUUGAACACGACUGCAUGGAUCCGGUUAUCGAGGAGCAUUAUAGAGAACUGAUGAAACAAUGGAAGAAAGACGACGACAGUAUUAAAGACAAACUUGAAGAAAUUGAAGAUUCGCUGGACAAGAUAGAGAUUGAAAUGAAAGAGGUGAAAGAAAAGCUUAGUAGUCUGACGGCCUCAGCGGAAAAAAGCACACAAGAAGAUACCACGAAAUUGUCUCUUGAAAAAUUAAUAGGCGAAAUAGCAAAGAUGGACAGCGAACUGAAAGAAGUGAAGGAAAAGAUGUGUGCUUCGACAGCCCCAGUCGCAGAAAACAAAGAUGAAGGUAGUUUUGAUCCAACUAAGCUUAUCAAUGGAAUUCUCCAGCUGUACAAGACUCGGGAGGGAUGGCUCUCACCGUUUCCAUGGUGUGAAGAGUUUCAGUUUUUUCUUGGCAAGAUUUUUACGAGGCUCAAAGUGGUCAGAAGAAAGAAAACGAGAGGAAAAAUCACUGACGUAUUUGUUGACAUGUCGUCAAUAUUAGACCCGCAUGAAGAGUGUUCAGCGCCAAGAACAGUUUUGAUUGAAGGAGAACCUGGUAUAGGAAAAACCACCUACUGUAAAAAGUAUGUUUACGACUGGGCCACAAAGAAGCAGGGCUGCGGCUCAACAGCAUUCAAAGCAGUAUUGUUGCUGAAAUGUCGAGACAUCCAUUUUGAUGUUUGGGGAGCCAUUGAUGAUCAACUUCUGCCUCGAGACAUCGACGAAGAAGUCAAACAACAAUUCUUUCAGUUCAUUCGUGAAAAUCAGUCCAGCAUUUUAUUGAUAUUGGAUGGAUUAGAUGAGUUACCAUCCAGCAAAUUUUCGAUGUUUUCCGAAUUAAUUGAAGGAAAAGUACUCCCCAGAUGCCACAUAGUUGCAACAGCAAGACACGAAGCUGGGAAAGAGGUGAGGAAAUGUUGUGACACGCUGCUUCAGAUCGAAGGAUUUACUGAAAAGCAUGUGAGGGGAUUUGUCACCAUGUACUUUAAAGAAAGGCCGGAUUUAGCCACCAAGCUCUUGGAACGGAUGUCUCGAGAUAAAAACCUUAAAGAAAUGGCAGCCAAUCCUCUAAACACAGCACUUCUUUGCCUUUUAUGUGAAGAGUUUGAGGGUGCAUUCUCAGAAAACAGAGCUCAACUGUACUUGGAUAUGGUUGAAUGUGUUUUGACAAGAUACAGAAAAAAGAAGGGACUACCAGAAAUUGGAGAAGACCUGACAAACCAUUACAAACCGCAACUGAAUCGACUUGGGCUGGUAGCGUUGAAUGGUUUACUCAACGACAAGUUGGAUUUUAAUGAAAGUGAAUUGGGAAACCAUGCAAAAGAGUUGACUGAAUUUGGAUUUCUGUCAGUGCAACCUGGUGGCAACAAAUUGAGACAAAAACUGCAUUAUGCUUUCUUACAUAAAAGUUUUCAAGAAUUCUUUGCAGCAUUCUUCAUUUGUUCUCAGAUUCAAAACAAGAAAAUUACAUCUGCAGAACUAGUCUCCGAUCCCAGGUAUUUCGUUAAACUUAAACAAGUACUUUUGUUUUCAUGCGGAAUUUUAGCCAUGAAAUGUGAGGAACAAGUUGUGGCUCUUGUAAAGAGUUUAACAAAUGAAGUCAACAAAAAUGCAGGUCGUGGCACAAAUGUUUUACUGGAGGCCAUUAACGAAUGUAAAAGAGAAAAAGAUGAUUUUCACUCGCAGUUAGCAAAGUUGUUUGGAACUGGUUUAAAACUUACCAGUUUGCAUUUUUUGAACAAUCGUGUUGGUGAUGCCGGUGUUACAUCUAUUGCUGAGGCAAUCAAAGUCAACAAGACGCUAACCGAUUUGAAGUUGUCUUGGAAUGGUUUUGGUGAUGCCGAUGCUACAUGUAUCGCUGAGGCAAUCAAAGUCAACAAGACGCUAAUCCAUUUAUUUUUGUCUGGCGAUGGCAUUGGUGAUGUUGGUGCUUCAUCUAUUGCCGAGGCAAUCAAAGUCAACAAGAAGCUAAAGAAUUUAUUUUUGUCUAGCAAUGGUAUUGGUGAUGCCGGUGCUACAUCUAUUGCUGAGGCAAUCAAAGUCAACAAGACACUAACCAAUCUGCAAUUGUUUUACAUUCGUAUUAGUGAUGCCGGUGCCACAAGUAUUGCUGAGGCAAUCAAAGUCAACAAGACGCUAACCAAUUUGAAUUUGUCUGGUAAUGGUAUUGGUGAUGCCGGUGCUACAUCUAUUGCUGAUGCAAUCAAACUUAAUAAGACGCUAACCACUUUGCAUUUGUUGAGCAAUCAUAUUAGUGAUGCUGGUGCUAUAUCUGUUUCUGAGGCAAUCAAAGUCAACAAAACGCUAACCAAUGUAUUUUUGUUUGGCAAUGGUAUUGGUGAUGCCGGCGCUACAUCUAUUGCUGAGGCAAUCAAAGUCAACAAGACGCUAACCAAUUUGGAUUUGUUUGGCGAUGAUGUAGUGGGCGAAAACCAACGUGUGCAAACUGCCUUAAAGAAAAAUAAGGAUAGUGUGGCUCGACGUGAUAGGGAGAAUGAAGACCGCCAGAGUGAUGAUAGUGUCGAAGAGGUCAAGGAACCUGCACCAAAAAAUUCUAGAGGACUAAUUACAGGCCUCAACCUUAGUGGCGUCCACGAAAGGUAUGGGGGUGUCCUGGACAUCUUGGCAAAGAAGAAGUGCUCCCUUGCCAAGGCAAUGAGGGAAUAUGGUGUGCCUAGGAACACUUUGAGAGACUACAUAGGAAUAUGUGAGUUAAAGAUAAUUGACCCUGACAAGUACAAAACAGUUGUACAGCAGGAAUCGGGAAAAAGCGGCCAAGCGUCCGUUAAAUGCAUUGAAAAGAGUUGUCGGUUAGCCUUGAAAGGUUAUCGGGCUCAAGCUAACAAGAUGAAAGGAGAAGGCAAACUGCUGCCUUUCUACCCCGAAGAGGAUUUUUACAAUACAAAAGAUUAG